AUGACAAGAAAAUUAUUACACUGUCCUAAAUGUGGCAAAAACUCUUUGGUUCGCAUAGAGGGGGAUAAAACUAUCGAAAAAAUAGAAAGUAUCCUUAAAAGCAAGAAAGGAGUUUAUGAGAAAAAAAUUGCCUUGUUUAAUGUUUUAAAGAGUUUAGAACUAGGAGAAGUAGAACUAAGUGAAAAGCAAAGAAUGGAUUGUUUAUUACAAGGCAAGUUUUAUAAUGAACUGGCUAAGCAAAAUUUAAAGGAAUAUAAAAAAUUAGCAACCGAUGCUAUUAGUUAUGCUAAUGAAGUGAUUGACUUUUUGAAUGCUGAAUCGUCUGACAAUCGAGAUGGUAGCAACACCGGCGGAAAGGCAGGUAGAAUAAUUCCAGCAGUAGCCCCACAACUUCUUACUCUUGACGAGGUUAAAGGUUGGGAUAAUAAAACUCACUUAACAGGAGGAGGAUUUUUUGGUGGUAAACCAGAUUUUGAGGCUGACAAGAUACAAAUAAUUGCUCGGGUUAAGGAUUAUAUUAAUGUCGUUUCUCCUGAAUACCAGAAUUUAGUUAAACAAAAAAAUUCUAAUGUUGAUACGGCCAGAGAUUACGCUAUUACUAUUGCUAACGGGGUUCUGAAUGAUGAUGAUAUUCUGGACUACCGAAAAAUUCGAGGCAACCUCCGAACAACAGGUGCCGAAGGAGCCAUUGCUCGCAAUGGUGAUUAUAGUUGGAUUUUGGGUUUUCGUAAAACUAAUGGAGAACACACUAUAACCCCUCAGCAAGCAGCCACGAUAGUAGGUGUAGAUUGGAGAGGAAAUUGGAAAGACCACGAAAUCCAAAUUGCCAACGACGGCACUAUCCAUGCAGCUGACAUUCUAAUUAACGGCACUGAUAUUCGGGUGGUUAAUCCUCUCACUGGAAACAAUGUGGAUGGUUUUGCUGCUAUUGAUGGUUUGGGGGAUAAAGCGGUGUUGACCGCUGCGGCGGCUGUUCGUCAAAAAUUCAUUACUGACUUCAAAGCCGUUUCUGGUGCUUCGGCCAGUGCCUCCGACCCCGAUAUUUUGGCUUAUUUUGAUAAAAACUUAACGGCUGAAAAAGCCGCUGAACUUUACAAUGGUAAUCCUCGGGUUGAUGGCUCAGAAUUAGAGAAAGGAGCAACUAAUAAUAAAGUAAAAUAUGACAAUAAAGAAUAUGAUGCUGACAAGCCAGCCGACAUUACUACGGCCAAGAAAGCCAAAAUUGACGCUGAUGAAGCAGCAAAAUUAUCCAGUGCUAAAACUAAUGCUAUAAAUGAUAUUCAAAAAUUAAUGGAUGAUACUUCGGAUUAUAUUAAUGCGGCUACUACGGAGACGGAGGUAAGCAAUCGCCAAGAUAAAAUUAAAAAGGCCAUUGAGGAGAUUAGGAAAACCAAAGAGCCUCCUUUUGACGCUGCUGCUGCUCGUUUAAGGGCUAUUACGGAGAAAGAAUUUGAGGAUAAAAAUACCCAAACGGACAUUGAUAACAAAAAAACUGAAUUAACUGGUAAAAUUGAUGCUGAAAAAGCAAAAGAACCAAAAGAAUCCAACCAAAAAGUAUCAGCAGAGGAGGUGAAAGAAAUAUUUGAAACUGUUACGGGAGACAGUAAUGUCGAAGUUCCUAACGAAGAAAAUAUUAAAGAGGGUGAAAAGGCGGACUUCUCGGAGUAUUUGAGUAAAUUGCCUGCGGCAGAGCAACCAACCGGCAAAAAUGAAAAAGAAAAAGUGAAUGAUUUCUUAACUCAUCAAAAAGCCGAGGUAGUAAUCAAAGCCAUAUUUGGUUAUAAAUUGAAAAAAGAUGAUAAUUUUGUGAAUGAGAUCAAAGUUAAAAUGGAAGCAGAGAAAAAUGACGAGGGGCAACCAUUAGACCAGGAUGUUUAUCCUAAACAAGGUGAUAAAUAUACCCAAGAGGCCAUGAUAAAAUAUCUUUUUGAGAAAAAAACCGGUCAGGCUCACCAAUUUGCGGCUAAACAACAAAGUCAAGGAACUACUGAAA